GGUGCGCAGGCGCAGAAUCCGCGGGACAGUCGCGACCGGCGCGCGCGCAACACGAACGACUCUCGCGAAAAUCAUAAUUUAUUUACUUACAUGGCAAUUGUUUAACAAAAAUAAUGUGAAAAAAUAAAUAUAUUUAUUCAACUCGAAUACCCUAUUUAUACAUAUUUAAUCGACGUAAAUAAGAAUCUCGUUUAGUUUUAUUAUUGACAAAAUUAACCGUAAAAAUGACGAUAAAAAAUAAAAAGACUAAGCAAACAAAUGAAGUGAGUACGUCAAGUACGAGUGCCAGCAGUGUGCAGAAGAGCUCGAGCUCGUCGAAGGUGGUGCAGAGCUCGAGCAGCUCGCGGCAGGUCGCCAGCAGCAGCCGGCAGGUCACCGGCGGGAAGAAGGUCGUCGUCAUCGACGUGAAGGUGGAGGAGGACGACCCGCUGUGCAUCACGGACGUGACGGACCAUGCCUCCACGGCCGGCUCCACCGUGUCCGAGCUGUACAACAGCCACCCGCACUACAUCAUCACCGAGGCGCCCUCCGUCUCCGACCUGUCGUCCACGGACCACCACGCCAGCGACAUGGCGCUGAGCCACACAGGUGACUUCGUGUCUUCCUCUAUGGUGCAGGAGUCCUCAUCCUCCCACCAGCAGAGCUCAAAGAGUCAAACAUUCCAAACCUCAUCAUCAUCCGUCCAGCAGACUGGCACCAGUCACACUCAGAGUUUUGACAAGACGAUGGACUCGUCUGCUGCCAACCAGACCCUGGACACUGCGUUCAUCAACAACUCCGCCGGCAGCACCGGAGCCGGCGGCGCGCCUUCCUUCACCAACAGAUCUCAGGGAGCUCACGCAACUGACUCGUUUUUACAAUCUGAAAGACAGAAUUUAAUGAAUCAAUCGUCUUCUCAUUCGAACCAGAAUACGUCUAACACCAGAACUACUAGUUCUAAUAUGACACAACAGGACUCCAACAAAACAUCGUCUACAUCUGCGUAUGAUCAGAAAAAUAGGAAUCAGCAUGGUAAUAAGGUGACUUUUUCUAAUUCACCUCAGCCGUCCAACAGGAAUCAAACAACAAAAUCUAAUUCAUCGCAAUUUUAUGGAGGCGAGGGAACUCUUGACAAAAAUGUAAAAACAAAAGAAUACAGCAGCACUUCUCAGACAAGUGAUGUCAAGAGCAGUAGCGUCACAAAAUCAUCAUCGUCAUCGUAUGUUGUUGAAAUAGUUGAUGGCAAAGAGCGCAUCAUAGACAGCACCAACAGGGAGUGGGGAAACGCACAGGAGCAAGCAUCUCAUGAAGCCUAUGCUAGUGUGAGCGGGACUGAUAUUAAACCACAAAGUAUUCAAAGUACUCACAAUUAUGAUCUUAAAUCUAACUACGAUACUGGUAAAGACGGAAAACCUAAAAGUGCCAUGACAAUAAAGGAAGACUCCAAAAUUGUCAAAGACGGUCAGAAUGUAACAACUCAUUCAAGCCUAAUUUCAGAGACUGACAAUUCAGUACAAAAACAAAUAAGUUUUACUCAAGAGAACUUAUCAACAGAUGUUCGACAGACACAGUCCAACAAUCAGUCUGAUAGAGUAAACAUUGAUAGAAAUCAAACAUCUAGAUCUAGUGAUAUGACAACGAACCGUCGUAAUGCUAACAAAACUGACUCGUCAAACUUUUUCGGCUACGAUGCCACCAUACAAAAUGAACUCAGCAAAGUUGGAAACGUGCUCCAGGUUAGCGGCGCCGACAACAUUAACUUUUCUUCAAAAGUUUUAAAAAGUAGUACCAGCAGUGCUCAGCAAGCAUCAUCGUCUUCAUAUGUAGUGGAGAUAGUUGACGGUAAGGAAAGAAUAGUAAACACUUCUCACAGAGAGUGGGGAGACAGUCAAGAACAUGGAUCAUUUGAGAAAAGCCACAAUAUCAGUGGAACUGGCAUUAAACCUGAACAUGAAUACUCACGCCACGUCUUAGACAAAGACUCUUAUUAUGAUUCUGGCAAGGAUGGAGUUCCUAAGAGUUCAUCUCACAUCUCCGAAGAAUCUCUUCUUGUUAAGAAUGGCGUAGAAGUAGCAUCUACUAGCACAAGGUAUGGCGGUGAUUUCACUAAAAAGAAGGCAAUCACAGAGAGUGAUUUUGAUAUGAGGGAUAUAUCUAACAUUCAAGUUACUGACAGCUCUACACAAAAUAUUUCAUCAUCUGACUAUCAAACAACAUCUUCAGCUAAUCAAUACACCAGUGACUCUACUAAUGUAGUUAACACAACAGAAUUUUUAUCGAAUGAAAAACAAAAUUUACAAAAGCAAUCUACAACGGAUUCAAAAAAUACUAAAGAUACAUUAACCAGUUACGAGAGGAGCACCGGAACUUGGAAUGGAAAGUUUGUUUAUGAAAAAGACGAUGAUAGGAAAACAAAGAAACAUAAAGAAAUGUCACCUUUUGGGAAACCUGAACAACCAAGACAUCACCUAAAGCGACAAGACACUGAAGAGAACAUCAUAUUAUCCUCAAGGGAUAUUAAAGACUUCACUUCUAUCAGUGACCUUAGAAAGAUUAUUGAGUCUUCAACUACCAAGUCUGAUGUGACCGUGAGUAACACCAGUAUUGUCAUCAACAAGAAGACCAUUGAUGACAGAGUCUUGAAAGACAUCAUCGAAACCGUAAAAAAAUAUCCCUUCAAGAGAAUCGAAAAGGUAUCCUUUGGUACAAAAAUAAAAGAGGAUGUGAAAGAUUUAUACGAAGGGAUUGAUGAAGAGGAGACGAGAGUGAUCAAUACGAGCAGCUCAGGCGUUACUAAGAAGUCUUUUGAGGUCGAAAAGACGAGGAGCCAGGUUGAAGUCACUCGCUACAUAACAGAGAAUGGAGUGACAAGGAAAAUAACAACUUACGAAGAUGCUAAAGAAGACGACAAAGUUCGAACGAACGUCUUCGUCGACAAGAGUGCGCUGUCUGACAUCAAAAACUUGACGGAUGUCCAUACGACUGAAGACGUGAUUCGUGAAUACGACGUGGUGGACCACGCCGUGACGGAGCGGCGGGACACCAGCAGCUACGACGAGACCACCGUCGACGAGCGCAGCACCCGACGCGACGAGAGCGUCACCCGGGAGACCAGGCGCGAGGAAUCCGGCCCGAGGGGACCCAAGAAACCACAGCCGCAGAAGGUGGACAAGGAGCAAUGCAUCUGUGAAAUCUGUACUUGUGGGCGCCACCGCUGCCCACACAACGAUGUCCCGGAGCCAUUGUUCGAUGUGGAGCGCACGCGCGCCGUGUCCGCGUACUCGCAGGACUACGACGAGAAGCACGUGCAGCGCACCACGGCCGUGCACCACGAGGACCACCUGCGCCUCGAGGGGGACUUCACCACCCCCGAGAAGGAACAGUGGCGGCCUGCUGAGCGCCAGCAACCUAAGAGACCCGAGGAUAACCUCAAACCGGAAGGAGACUUUGAACGCCAUCAACCUGAAGAGUGGCAACCAGGCGACAGGGCCCCUGUGCGAAGACCUCAAGAUAAUCUAAAGCCCGAAGGUGAUUUCGAGAGACGUCGGCCCGAUGAAUGGCAUCCAGGUGACAGGGCUCCUAUACGCAAGCCUCAAGAUAAUUUGAAACCAGAAGGCGAUUUCGAGCAGCCGAAACAUGAUGAAUGGCGACCCGCUGAUAGGCAAACUCCUAAAAAACCACAAGAUAAUUUGCGACCUGAAGGUGAUUUCGAUAGAAGAAAGCCAGAUGAAUGGCAACCAGCCGAAAGACGUGAAAUGAGAAAACCUCAAGACAACUUAAGACCUGAGGGUGAUUUCCAACAGCCUAAGCCUGAUGAGUGGCGCCCGGCAGAACGACAGACGCCUAAAAAGCCUCAAGACAAUCUUAGACCGGAGGGUGAUUUCGAGCAGCCGAAACAUGAUGAAUGGCGACCUGCUGAUAGGCAAACGCCUAAAAAACCACAAGAUAAUUUGCGAUCAGAAGGUGAUUUCGAUAGAAGAAAACCAGACGAAUGGCAACCAGCCGAAAGACGUGAAAUGAGAAAACCUCAAGAUAAUUUAAGACCUGAGGGUGAUUUCCAACAGCCUAAGCCUGAUGAGUGGCGCCCAGCUGAACGACAGGCGCCUAAAAAGCCUCAAGACAAUCUUAGACCGGAGGGUGACUUUGAAAAACAAACUCCGGAAGAGUGGCGACCGGCUGAGAGACCUAAACAAAAGAGACCCGUCGAUAAUUUAAAACCAGAAGGUGAUUUUGAACAGCCUAAACCUGACGAGUGGAGGCCAGCAGAGAGGCGCGAAGGAAAGAAGCCUAAGGAUAAUCUGUUUACAGAGGGAGACUUUGAACAGAGGAAACCUGAACAAUGGCGACCGGCUGAUAAGCAGACUCCUAAGAAACCACAAGAUAAUCUGAAACCAGAAGGAGAUUUCGAAAAGCAAACUCCUGAAGAGUGGCGCCCAGCAGAAAGGCCCCAACAAAAAAGGCCUGUAGACAACUUAAAGCCAGAAGGUGAUUUCGAGCAGCCUAAGCAUGAUGAGUGGAAGCCAGCGGAAAGACGCGAAGGAAAGAAACCCAAGGACAAUUUGUUUACAGAAGGGGACUUUGAACAACCAAAACAUGAACAGUGGCGCCCUGCCGAGAGACAAACACCUACGAAACCUAGAGACAACUUGAAACCUGAAGGGGAUUUCGAGCAACAAAAGCCAGACGAAUGGAAGCCGGCAGAAAGACGUGAAGGCAAAAAGCCCAAGGACAAUUUGUUUACGGAAGGCGACUUCGAACAAAGGAAACCAGAAGAGUGGCGACCUGCUGAUAAGCAGACACCUAAAAAACCACAAGAUAAUCUGAAACCUGAAGGAGAUUUUGAAAGGCAGAAACCAGAGGAAUGGCGACCUGCAGAAAGGCCAAAGCAAAAGAAACCUGUUGAUAAUUUGAAACCAGAGGGCGAUUUUGAGCAACCUAAGCCUGAAGAGUGGAAACCAGCAGAAAGGCGCGAAGGAAAGAAGCCAAAGGAUAAUCUUUUCACAGAGGGAGACUUUGAACAGAGGAAACCUGAAGAAUGGCGACCGGCAGAUAAGCAAACGCCCAAAAGACCACAAGACAAUCUGAAACCAGAAGGAGAUUUCGAAAAACAAACACCUGAAGAGUGGCGACCAGCAGAAAGACCCCAACAAAAAAGGCCUGUAGAUAACUUAAAGCCAGAGGGUGAUUUCGAGCAGCCUAAGCAUGAUGAGUGGAAGCCUGCGGAAAGACGCGAAGGAAAGAAACCCAAGGACAAUUUGUUUACAGAAGGGGACUUUGAAAAGCCAAAACAUGAAGAGUGGCGUCCUGCUGAAAAACAAACGCCUACAAAACCUAAAGAUAAUUUGAAACCAGAAGGAAUAAUUGAAACACCCAAGCCUCAAGAAUGGAGGCCAGCUGAGCGGCGUGAAAUGAUUCACCACAGUGAUAAUAUUAUCAUGGAAGGAGAAUUUACAGAUACUACAACAUCGCGCACCGAGUAUACUGUGAAACCUGUCGAAAGACCGAAAUCAGUAAGACGUAACACAUGGACCAAAGUAGAGGGAGAAAUGUCCACUGAAACAACAAGUGCAUCGGAAUAUAUAGAUUUUAGUGAGAUCAAUGAAAGGACAACAAUAGUUGCUAAGAGAACAGAUAACUUGAUCCGCGAAGGUGAGAUUGAAUUCGUUACAUCAAAUCAAAGUGAUUAUCCAGAGAAAUCUGGACCCGUUGAAAGACCCCAAAGACGCCGUACAUGGACAAAGGAAGAUUUUGAAAAGUUCUAUUCGACUGAUGAUCUUCAAAAAAUUACAACUUCUCAAGAAGAAUACAGAACUUAUGAAGAAACUGAUAUUAGGCAACAACAAAUAAUAAGAAAGGACAAUCUCUUCAUGGAAGGCAUUUUUGAAACUCAAACUAUAUCUCAAGAUGAUUUCAAGCCGAAGCUAACGGAAAGACCUAAACAAAAGAAACCAGAAGAUAACCUGAAACCGGAGGGUGAGUUUGAGAAACCUAAACAUGAUGAAUGGAAACCCGCUGAACGACGGGAAGGUAAAAAGCCUAAAGACAACUUAUUCACUGAAGGUGACUUCGAAAGGCAAAAGCCUGAAGAAUGGAAACCUGCCGAAAAACGUGAACCAAGGAAGCCUAAGGAUAACUUGAAACCUGAGGGUGAAUUCGGGCAACCUAAGCACGAUGAGUGGCGCCCGGCUGAAAGACAAACCCCAUCGAAACCGAAAGAUAAUUUGAAGCCUGAAGGUGAUUUCGAAAGACAAAAACCAGAGGAGUGGCGUCCAGCUGAAAGGCAGACACCUAAAAAACCAGAAGACAACUUAAAACCUGAGGGUGAGUUUGAACAGCCGAAACAUGAUAAGUGGCGGCCGGCAGAGCGACAAACACCAACAAAACCCAAAGACAACUUAAAACCAGAGGGUGAAUUUGAUAGACAAAAACCUGAGGAAUGGCAUCCCGCGGAAAGACGGGAGCCGACCAAGCCCAGAGACAACCUGAAACCUGAAGGUGAUUUCGAACAACCAAAACAUGAUAAAUGGCGGCCGGCUGAGCGACAGACGCCGACAAAGCCAAAAGACAAUUUAAGACCAGAGGGUGACUUUGAAAGGCAAAAGCCAGAGGAAUGGCAACCCGCAGAAAAACGUGAGGCAAGGAAGCCAAAAGAUAACUUGAAGCCAGAGGGUGAAUUUGAACAACCGAAACAUGACCAGUGGCGACCGGCUGAAAGGCAAUCACCAACCAAACCGAAAGAUAAUUUAAAGCCUGAAGGGGACUUCGAAAGGCAACAACCGGAUGAAUGGCGUCCCGCUGAAAAACGGGUGCCAACCAAGCCUAAGGAUAACUUAAAACCUGAAGGAGACUUCGAACAACCCAAACAUGAUAAGUGGCGCCCGGCAGAGAGGCCAGAAGCCAAAAAACCUAAGGACAAUCUAUUCACUGAAGGUGAUUUUGAACAAAGAAAGCCUGAGGAAUGGCGCCCAGCAGAUAGAGAAACUCCGAAAAAACCUAAAGAUAACCUAAAACCCGAAGGCGAUUUCGAAAGACAGAAACCGGAAGAAUGGCACCCAGCAGAAAGACGAGAAGCGACAAAGCCCAAGGAUAACCUGAAGCCAGAAGGUGAAUUUGAACAGCCGAAGCAUGAUAAGUGGCGCCCGGCCGAGCGACAAACACCAACUAAGCCUAAAGACAACUUAAAACCAGAGGGUGACUUUGAAAGGCAAAAGCCAGAGGAAUGGCAACCUGCAGAGAAACGUGAGGCAAGGAAGCCAAAGGAUAACUUAAAGCCAGAGGGUGAAUUUGAACAACCGAAACAUGAUCAGUGGCGACCGGCUGAAAGGCAAUCACCAACCAAACCGAAAGACAAUUUAAAGCCUGAAGGGGACUUCGAAAGGCAACAACCUGAUGAAUGGCAUCCCGCUGAAAAACGGGUGCCAACCAAGCCUAAGGAUAACUUAAAACCAGAAGGAGAUUUCGAGCAACCCAAACAUGAUAAGUGGCGCCCGGCAGAGAGACCAGAAGCCAAAAAACCUAAGGACAAUCUAUUCACAGAAGGCGAUUUUGAACAAAGAAAGCCUGAGGAAUGGCGCCCAGCAGAUAGAGAGACUCCGAAAAAACCUAAAGAUAACCUAAAACCCGAAGGCGAUUUCGAAAGACAGAAACCGGAAGAAUGGCACCCAGCAGAAAGACGAGAAGCUACAAAGCCAAAGGAUAAUUUGAAGCCAGAGGGUGAUUUUGAACAACCCGAACAUGAGCAGUGGCGCCCUGCGGAGCGUCAAUCACCAUCAAAACCAAAAGAUAAUUUGAAACCCGAAGGAGAUUUCGAAAGACAAAAGCCUGAGCAAUGGCAUCCUGCUGAAAAACGUGUACCGACCAAACCUAAGGAUAACCUAAAACCUGAAGGUGAUUUUGAACAACCUAAGCAUGAUGAAUGGCGCCCGGCUGAGAGGCAGACCCCGACUAAACCAAAAGACAAUUUGAAACCGGAAGGAGACUUUGAAAGGCAAAAACCGGAAGAGUGGCGCCCUGCAGAAAGGCAGACACCUAAAAAACCAGAAGACAACUUGAAGCCUGAGGGUGAGUUUGAACAACCGAAACAUGACAAGUGGCGACCGGCAGAGCGACAAACGCCAUCAAAACCCAAAGACAACUUGAAACCAGAGGGUGACUUUGAAAGACAAAAGCCUGAUGAAUGGCAUCCUGCUGAAAGACGGGAGCCAACAAAGCCUAAGGACAACCUAAAACCUGAAGGUGAUUUCGAACAACCCAAACAUGAUAAGUGGCGCCCUGCUGAAAGACCUGAAGCCAAAAAACCCAAAGACAACCUAUUUACUGAAGGUGAUUUUGAACAGCGGAAACCAGAGGAGUGGCGCCCAGCAGAUCGACAGACACCUAAAAAACCUCAGGAUAAUUUGAAGCCAGAAGGGGACUUUGAAAGGCAAAAACCUGAUGAAUGGCAUCCAGCAGAAAGACGUGAGGCGACAAAGCCUAAAGACAAUUUGAAACCAGAAGGUGAUUUUGAACAACCUAAGCAUGAUCAAUGGCGCCCGGCUGAAAGACAGACUCCAACUAAGCCUAGAGACAAUUUGAAGCCGGAAGGAGAUUUCGAAAGGCAGAAACCGGAACAAUGGCGACCAGCUGAAAGGCCGACACCUAAAAAACCGGAAGAUAACUUGAAACCUGAGGGUGACUUUGAACAACCAAAACAUGACAAGUGGCGUCCUGCUGAAAGGCCGGAAGCCAAAAAACCGAAGGAUAACUUAUUUACAGAAGGAGACUUUGAAAGACAAAAACCUGAGGAAUGGCACCCAGCUGAAAGACGUGAGCCGACAAAACCGAAAGAUAACUUAAGACCCGAGGGUGACUUUGAAAAACCCAAACCUGAACAGUGGCGGCCGGCCGAACGACAAACCCCAACAAAACCGAAAGACAAUUUAAAACCUGAAGGAGAAUUUGAGCAGCCAAAGCAUGACAAAUGGCGUCCUGCUGAGAGGCAGACACCGACCAAACCUAAAGACAAUCUGAAACCUGAGGGUGAAUUCGAAAGGCAGAAACCAGAAGAAUGGCACCCUGCAGAGAGACAAACGCCGAAGAAACCAGAAGAUAAUUUGAAACCAGAGGGUGAUUUCCAACAACCAAAACACGAUGAGUGGCGUCCAGCUGAAAGACCUGUACAAAAGAAGCCAGUAGACAAUCUUAAGCCUGAGGGUGAUUUUGAGCAGCCUAAACAUGACAAAUGGAAACCAGCGGAAAAACGUAAACCUUCUAAACCUAAGGAUAAUUUGUUCACUGAGGGAGACUUCGAAAAACCAAAACAUGAACAAUGGCGCCCUGCUGAAAGACAAACGCCUACGAAACCUAAAGAUAACCUGAAGCCGGAAGGAGAUUUCCAACAACCCAAGCAUGAGCAAUGGCGUCCUGCGGAGAGGCCAGAAGUAAAGAAGCCUAAAGACAAUUUAAAACCAGAAGGUGAUUUCCAACAACCCAAACAUGAACAAUGGCGUCCAGCUGAGAGACAGACACCUACAAAACCAAAAGAUAAUCUGAAGCCCGAAGGAGAUUUUGAAACGCCAAAGCAAGACAAAUGGCGCCCAGCUGAGAAGCCAGAUGUUAAAAAACCUAAGGACAAUCUAAAGCCUGAGGGUGAUUUUGAAAGACCCGAGAAACCGAAACAGCACGUUAUGGCUGAAAGGCCAGUUGCGAAAAAACCAGAAGAUAACUUGAAACCGGAAGGCGAUAUGGAAGUAGGUAGACGAACUGACUACACAGCCACACGAGGGGAACGUGUCGAUAUAGUAAAAUAUGAAGAUCACCUUAAAAUGGAAGGAAAGAUUGACACCCAUAGAUCAAGAGAUGAUUACAAACAUAUCGAACAUAUUGACCGCGUUGUAAUUCAGAGACACGAAGAUAAUUUAAGGUCUGAAGGCGAGUUUAUCGAUAUGCACAUUCGUAAUGAUUAUAGUGCGACUAAAGGUGAAAGGGCAACCGUUGUCAAGCCCCAGGAUAACUUAAAACCCGAAACCGGCAAAUUUUACGAACCCGAAGUUGUCCCAUCUCAACCAGCUGAAAAACGUAAACUUAUUAAACAUAGUGAUAACAUAAUGAUUGAAAAAGACACGAACAUUCGCCGAAGUAAAAAUACAGAGAGAAUCGACAUAAUUAGGAGAGAAGAUAAUCUAAAAAUUGAAGGAGAAUUUAUAGAUCUGAAACAAAGAAAUGAUUACAGUAACGUCACAGGAGAAAGAUCGACUAUCGUCAAACAUGAAGACAAUCUUAAGAUGGAAGGAAAAAUGGAAAACAUCCGCUCUUCAGACACCUAUCGCGUAGUAAAAGGUCAGAGAGUUAAACUAACACGUAGAGAAGAUAACCUUAAAAUUGAAGGUGUAUUUGAGGAUCAUACACGCCGGGAUGACUAUAAGGCUACAAAAGGCGAGAGGUCCGCUAUUGUAUAUCAAGUGGAUAACUUGAAACCAGAAGGCAAAUUUGAGCAGAGGCCGGUGGUUGAACCUAUCAAUGGCGAGAGGCGAAGUCCUAUUAGGCAAACCGACAAUUUGAAACCAGAAGGAGACUUUGACAGGCCUUCCAAACCACAGUGGGCGGCAUCUGACAAACCAGAUGUAGUGAGGCCGAAAGACAAUCUUCACCCAGAAGGUGAUAUGAUAGACUCACGACCUUCAACGAAAUGGGUGCCUGGGGAGACACCUGCUCAAGUUCGCCCUAAGGAUAACCUGAAAUCAGAAGGCGAAUUCGACCGACCAUCCCAACCCAAAUAUGUAUCUGGAGAUAGGCCAAGCCCCGUUAGGCCUAAAGAUAAUCUUCACCUUGAAGGAGAAAGGGAUUCUCGUCCCUCAACAAAGUGGGCGCCCGGUGAAACCCCAGCACAAGUACGUCCCAAGGAUAAUUUGAAAUCCGAGGGUGACUUCGACCGCCCCACUCAACCUAAAUAUGUAUCUGGAGAUAGGCCAAGUCCCGUUAGGCCAAAAGACAAUCUUUAUCCGGAAGGUGAUAUGAUAGACUCGCGCCCUUCAACAAAAUGGGUGCCAGGGGAAACACCAGCUCAGGUACGGCCCAGGGAUAAUCUGAAAACGGAAGGCGAAUUUGAUCGGCCAGUAGCAACAAAGUGGAGCCCAGCUGAUAACUCGGGACCGAUUAGACCGAAAGACAAUCUUUCUGUUCAUUCGACAAAUGAAAUUCACAGAUCUAAUGUUUCCGAUUCGAAGACUUCUGAAGUAACCCAGAGAACCUCUGAAACUAGGUCAGCCACAGGCCAUCAUACUUCUGAAACUAGAACCACCUCAGGUCAAAAAAUUAUUGUAAAUGAAAUAAAUUCUACAUCACAUAUUGAUAAUAAGCACCUGCAUAUAUCUGCGACUGAUGGUUCAUCUCAACACAAGUAUCCAGCUGGUGAUAGAGCCAGUCCUGUAAGGCCCAAGGAUAAUUUACAUCUUGAAGGUGAUAGAAUAGACUCGCGUCCUUCGACUAAGUGGGCACCGGGAGAGACUCCAUCUCAGGUACGACCUAGAGAUAAUCUGAAGACUGAGGGUGAAUUUGAUCGUCCGACUCAACCUAAGUACGUAUCUGGAGAGAGACCAAGUCCUGUUAGGCCAAAAGAUAAUCUAUCAGUUCACUCAAGGACUGAAGUUCACAGAUCCAACGUGUCUGACUCCAAAAUAAAUGAGGUAACUCAAAGAACAUCGGAAUCCAGAUCCAUGACAGGCCAACACACUUCUGAAACUAGAACUACGGUUGGCCAUCAAACGGAUGGGUCACAGACGAAGUCUCUUUCAAAUAAUGAUAACAACAACAUGCAAGUACGUGUUUCAUCGACUGAUGGUCAUCAUCAAACCGAUAGUAUCAAUAGAUCUCAGCACAUGGAAUCAAACAUCAAGCACUCGUCGAGUCACAGCUCCGUUGAUCACGCAACUUCGAGGCAUGUUCAAUCUGGUACUCAUAGCAAACUCAGUACCUCCCAAAAUAUAGAGAAGUCAACUAUAAACAAGACUGAUGUAAGAAAUGUCAGAAAUGUAUCAUCCACUACCACUACGAAAGUAAUGAAACAAGUAACAGAAAAGAAACUUAUUGGUGGAAAAUGGGUUAUGGUGACUCGUAAUGUCGAAACACAGGCAAUCGGUGGAGGGGAUUCUGUAAACAUCCACAAGCAAAACCAGGGAAAUACUCGAGGAAGCCCUAUCAAUCAAGGAAAUAAUCAAGGAAGCCCAGCUCAUCAAGGCAAUAAUCGGGGUACCCCGACCAACUAUUCCACCUCGUCUCAGGUAGUUGGUGGUGGGUCACAAAGAAUGUCAUCGUCUACAUCAAACAAAAGUCAGACUGAAACUAGAGAGACAUUCGGUGAUUCUACAAACACCAACAACAGGACGUAUCAAGGAAAUAAUCGAGGAACCGCAACCGAAUACUCUACUUCCUCUCAAGUGGUGGACGGAGGCACGCGAACAUCUUCCUCUACGUCAAGAAUCCAAAGCGACGUUCGAGAGUCACAAUACCAAAAUUCUCAGUCAUCCCAAAUUAACAAUGCGCAGAGAUUAAUUUCAUCUGAGAGAUCGUUAGCCACAUCCAUGAACCAACAUGGCAUAAAUCAAAGCCACUCAAGUGAGAUGACCACAUUACGUAAUCAGCAGAUACGCGGUGCGGACACUUCUUCGAGGAUUACUGCUUCUGACUCCUUGACAGAUGGUCGCUACACCAAGAACAGCCACAUGGAUCAGGGCACAAAGACUACCAACAUUCGAGAGAGCCACACCGGGUCAAAUGUUCUGAACCAACACACACACGUCGGCCGAAGUCAACUGAGCGACAGCGUUUCUCAAACGAGCUACGAAUUCCAACAAGCGAUGCACAAGAACGGCGUCUCGUCCACACCCGUGAACAACUCGAGCCGUGUCGGGCACCACAAGCGCACGUCCGACCUCGUCAGCGACGCGGCUGCUUCCAACACAGUGCUGCACCGUAAAGGGAUAUCCACAACGUCGGAAGCGCAGCACUCGUCGAGCUCGGCCGCCGCGGCGCAGCGCAAGAGCAUCAGCAACCUCAACGAGCGCGGCGAAUACAUCAGCAACUCGACCCACAGCGCCGACCGGAAGAGUAUCAGUUCCAUGCACCGCUCAGCGAACAUGUCUUCGCAAGACUCUCGCAGUAGCGUGCAGGUGAAGAGGGACGGGCAGUCGACGCUGGUGGAGCGGUCGGGCGGCGGCGGCGGCGGGCGGGACAGCCUGCGCGUGGGCGAGGGCGGCAUGCACGGCGGCGGCGGCGUGGAGACUCGCUUCACCCGCUCGGAGGCGGCGGCGGGGCAGCGCGUGGUGCAGGUGUCGCACGUGGAGCGCGUGGUGCGGCGCGGGAACGCCUCCAGCUUCGUGUUGGACGACGGCAGCAGCUACCGGCGCGAGUUCACGGCGCACGUGCACGGGCCGUGCCCCGCCGCCGGCAUCGAGUCGCCCAAGACGCCCUUCAAGCACACGCGCGACACCAGGGAACACAAGUUCUACAAAACUAAAAUUACACAUUAACUAACUAGGUACCUACCUAUGUCCUAUGUUUUUAUGCCUUUUUUAUUCUUUUUCAAUUAUGUUGAGCUUUUAUUAAUCUAAUUUUAGACAUUUAUACCAUGCUAACACAGCUAGUCCUGAAUAGAUAUUUUUAAAAUGUAAUACGUACUCGUACGUACUGUGCCUUUAGAUUUUAUAUUGAAAGCAUUACAUAUAUUAAUAUUAUGCAUUAUAUUUAUAUUGUCAAGCAUUGCCAUGAAAUAAAUAUUGAGAUUUUAUAUAA